UCGUGGAUUCUUCGUGAGCCACGGAAGCAGAGACCAGGGCUACCCAGAAGAAUCAUCGCCGAGUGUUGAGCGUCUUCAGAGAGGGAGACCUCAUUGUACAUUGUGUAGAUGCACGGAGCCGCCACGGACGAUCGAAAACGCUUUGCCUGGCUUCCACCCAACAGAACUGGGCGCCCAAACUCGGUGCCGGAAGGGUUACACGUCUCCCUUCGGUGGCACCAUCAUCCACUUGGAGUGCCAGGAGGGCCAGUGGGAGACGGUGGAGGCCCUGGGAGAGCAGCAGAAGAUGGUGUGCCUGGCAGCAUGCAGCCCGCCCUGCCAGAACGGGGGCACGUGUGUCGCUCCCAACACCUGCGAGUGUGUUCCAGGCUUCGCUGGGGACGCCUGUGAGAUCCUCCCCCUUGCAGAAAUGCGUUGCGGCAAGGACCCCGCCACCCCCAGGCGCUCCUCUCUCAGGAUGUGGGAGGACGACCGUCGUCUCUUCUCCUGUGAGAAGGGUUACACGCUCAACGUCGAGGGCAACAGCCUGCUGGUGGAGUGCCGGAACAACACUUGGGUCUACCUGGAUAGGGAUGCCUACCAAGCCAUCACCUGCGUGCCUAUAUGUCAACCUACCUGUGCCAAUGGGGGCAGGUGCGUCGCACCCAAUACCUGCCACUGUGAGCUGGCCUUCAAGGGCAGAACCUGCAAUGAGCGCACCUGUAUAGGGCAGCCUCCAGAGGUGCGCCGAGCUAUCACUGUUCCGUAAGUGGUAGUGUAGUGUUGGUACCCUUGGUUCGUCUGCUGGGAGUGGCAACACGUGUUCCACCUCAAUGUCUCUCUCGCCCGCGAUUUCUGAAGUUGUUCUAAAUUAUCCAAAUAAUCAUUACCCGAGACGUAAUUUUUCUUUGCUAGACAGUCAUGACAAAAGAAUAGAAGCUGUGUUUUUUAAUUAUUCUUGCAUAUAAAAUGGCAUUAGAAUUGUUGAGUACUUUCAAAAUAGCUGUGGUUUUCUCACACUGCGAGUGAAAAAAUAAAUGAGUGAAAAAAUUA